AUGGCUGCCUGCACCACUCACUCGUCUCUCAUGCUAGCGUACGCCGCACCCACUCGUUCCCAGGACCUUACCCUGCCAUCUCUUUUCUCCUUUGCCAACCCCAGACCCUCUCUCUAUCCCCCGCUUCUCCUCCUUGGGGGGAGAAGAUGUGCUGCUAUUGACAGAGCUUCCAACCGAUUUUUCCCGGUAGUUGUCUCCGCCGUGGCCGCAGAGGCUGACGUCGACACGGAGGAUGAAAUCGCCAGCGCCAGCGCCACCGCCGUCCUUGAUCCGCCCAAGCCUAAGAAAGGAAAAGCCGCUCUGGUUCUCAAGAGGGAUAGAACAAGGUCAAAGAGGUUUUUGGAAAUCCAAAAGCUAAGGGAAACCAAAAUGGAGUAUGACGUCAAGACUGCUAUAUCUUUGCUUAAGCAAACCGCAAACACAAGGUUUGUGGAGUCGGUAGAAGCCCAUUUCCGUCUCAACAUCGAUCCAAAGUACAAUGACCAGCAGCUGCGAGCAACGGUGAGCCUGCCUAAGGGAACCGGGCAGACUGUAAAAGUGGCUGUUCUUGCCCAAGGUGAGAAGGUCGAUGAAGCCAAAAAUGCAGGGGCAGAUAUAGUGGGAAGUGAUGAUUUGAUCGAACAGAUAAAAGGAGGGUUCAUGGAGUUUGACAAGUUAAUUGCAUCCCCUGAUAUGAUGGUCAAGGUUGCUGGUCUGGGAAAGAUUCUUGGUCCACGGGGACUCAUGCCAAACCCCAAGGCUGGUACCGUUACAGCUAACAUUCCCCAGGCUAUAGAAGAGUUCAAGAAGGGGAAAGUGGAAUUCAGAGCAGACAAAACUGGGAUUGUCCACAUUCCCUUUGGCAAAGUUAAUUUUACAGAGGAAGACCUGCUCGUCAACUUCCUUGCAGCAGUGAAAUCGGUGGAGACAAACAAGCCAAAGGGAGCAAAAGGAGUGUACUGGAAAAGCGCGCACAUAUGCUCGUCAAUGGGGCCAUCCAUCAAGUUGAACCGUAUCCGCCAAGGAAGCAGGGCUCAUAUCAUCGCAUUUCGCGUCUCGCGUUUCGCAUUUCUCAAUUCUCAAUUCUCAAAUCCUUGCUGCAAAUUCAUGGCGGAGAAGCUCAGUGAUGGCAUACUCUCCGUCCAUCCUAAACCUUCCAGGGGUUUCUCCUCUAAGCUUCUCGAUCUUCUCGAGAGAGUCGUCGUCAAGCUCAUGCACGACGCUUCCCUUCCUCUCCACUACCUCUCCGGCAACUUCGCUCCCCUCCGCGAUGAAACUCCUCCUGUCAAGGAUCUCCCCGUCCAUGGAUUUCUUCCCAGAUGCUUGAAUGGUGAAUUUGUGCGGGUUGGUCCAAAUCCCAAGUUUGAUCCCGUCGCUGGAUAUCACUGGUUUGAUGGAGAUGGAAUGAUUCAUGGUGUUCGCAUCAAAGAUGGGAAAGCAACUUAUGUUUCUCGAUAUGUUAAGACAUCACGUCUCAAGCAGGAAGAGUUUUUCGGAGCUGCCAAAUUCAUGAAGAUUGGGGACCUUAAGGGGUUUUUCGGAUUGCUUAUGGUCAAUAUUCAACAGCUGAGAACUAAACUGAAAGUAUUGGACGGCUCUUAUGGAAAUGGAACUGCUAAUACAGCACUCAUAUAUCACCAUGGAAAACUUCUAGCAUUACAGGAGGCAGAUAAGCCCUAUGUCGUCAAAAUUUUGGAAGAUGGAGACCUGCAAACGCUUGGCAUGAUAGAUUAUGAUAAGAGAUUGACCCACUCCUUCACUGCUCACCCAAAAGUUGACCCGGUUACAGGUGAAAUGUUUACAUUCGGCUAUUCGCAUACGCCACCUUAUGUCACAUACAGAGUGAUCUCGGAAGAUGGCAUUAUGCAUGACCCAGUCCCAAUAACUAUAGCAGAGCCUAUCAUGAUGCAUGAUUUCGCUAUUACUGAGACUUAUGCAAUCUUCAUGGAUCUUCCUAUGCACUUCAGGCCAAAGGAAAUGGUGAAAGAGAAGAAGAUGAUAUACUCAUUUGAUCCCACAAAAAAGGCCCGUUUUGGUGUUCUUCCACGCUAUGCCAAGGAUGAACUCAUGAUUCGAUGGUUUGAGCUUCCCAAUUGCUUCAUAUUCCACAACGCCAAUGCUUGGGAAGAAGAGGAUGAAGUUGUCCUCAUCACCUGUCGCCUUGAGAAUCCAGAUCUUGACAUGGUCAGCGGGAAUGUGAAAGAAAAACUUGAAAAUUUUGGCAACGAACUGUAUGAAAUGAGAUUCAACAUGAAAACGGGCUCAGCUUCUCAGAAAAAACUAUCGGCAUCUGCAGUUGAUUUCCCCAGAAUCAAUGAGAACUACACUGGAAAGAAACAGAGAUAUGUAUAUGGAACAAUUCUGGACAGUAUCGCAAAGGUUACAGGGAUUAUCAAAUUCGAUCUGCAUGCGGAAGCUGAGAUAGGCAAAAGAGUGCUGGAAGUGGGAGGCAAUAUCAAAGGAAUUUAUGAGCUGGGGGAAGGGAGAUAUGGUUCAGAGGCUAUAUAUGUACCGCGUGAGGCAGCAGAAGAAGAUGACGGUUACUUGAUAUUUUUUGUUCACGAUGAAAACACAGGGAUAUCAUGUGUGAAUGUGAUAGACGCAAAAACAAUGUCAGCUGAGCCAGUGGCAGUGGUGGAGCUGCCGCAUAGGGUCCCAUAUGGCUUCCAUGCCUUGUUUGUUACGGAGGAACAACUCCAGGAGCAAACUCUUAUAUAA